AUGGCAAGAGAGCCUGAAGAAUUGUCUACGGCAGGAUUUGUCGUUCUUAUGGGUCAAGCUAUGCAAGUACCUGUAUUACGUCUUAGCUCAUCAAAUCCUUUACUAAGUUUUGUUUCAAUCUUUUUUGCAACAACGGCAUUAAGUGAUUUAGUGCCGCUUUUGGCUGAGAAUUGGAAGCAUUUUGAAAUCCUAGUUCCGUUUAGGUUAUUUGUUUACUUUGCAUUGGCUGCAUACAUCUACUUUGUCCCAACAAGUCUUUUAAGCAAUAGUUUGACUAUUACUUACCUCAUGUUUGAAAUCUGGUGCAAUUUUCUCAUCUAUAAUAACUUGAGAGAUGAGAAAUACUACAGAAUGAAAAAAUUUGUUGAAGAAAAUGCCGAUGCUAUUAAACAAGCCCAGGGUGAGCAAGUGAGAGUAAUUGAGGACUAA